AUGUUGAAAUUUUUGCUUCUUGUUAACAAGCAAGGCCAUACUCGUGUUUCGCAGUAUUAUGAGUAUUUGGAACUCAAAGAAAGAACAACUAUGGAAGCGGAGAUAACGCGCAAAUGUUUAACAAGAAACGAUGGUCAAGUAAGUUGUAUGGAGAUAUGGGGUAGUUUACAGAAGGUCAUUAGUAUAAAUGACUUUUUUGUGUGGGUAAGAUUUCCUUUAUACAGCCCUAUACAUAUAUUAUGCAUGCAAUACAUAUGCUAUACAUAUAUUAUGCAGCAAUCUCACGCUAUUUCACAGAAAUAGUUAAUAUGAAUGGAAUUGAAACAUGUUUUUUUGUCCAAUGCAUGGGGCUGUACAGAAACUCUAAGGAUACAGUACAGAAUAAGAUGACUUGUUAUUGAGGACGAGAGCUGCUGGGUUAGAUUAUACUGCUGACUGGAUGAGCACCGGUCUACCAGGCAAGAAGCUGCAGGUUCAAACCUUUGGCAGACCAACACUUUGGGUCUACUGGAAAUAUGUCUCUUGUAAACCCUUCAAUACUCAGUGUAAAUAGAGCCACUCAAGUUUAGCCAUGAUGGGUGGGGUUACGAACUUUAGUGGGUGACGCAGGGUUCUCAAUUGAACCUGUAACCGGUAACACCUGUCAUGGGUGUCAAAGUGCUUCAACUACCUGAUCAAUUCACCUGUCAAAUGCAAAUAAAAGGACGACUUUUUGAGUAAAUGACUGUGUAAAGUAUUGACUGUUAGUUGCUUUUGUAAUGUACCUUUUUUUGGUUUAAGCUGUCAAAAUGAACAGCUUUUCAGCAGACCACAGAAUGACGGUACAAUCACGAUGCUUUGCAGCAUCACUGCAUUGUUGAAAUAUGGCUGCCAUAUUAAAUUUGUGCAUCUGAGCCCAGGCCUCUUGCAGGUGUUGUCUUUCCACAUGCAAAAACAUGGCCAUUGCAACGCAUUUCUGAGCAUCUUAAAUCAAAAUUUUCCCAGGGGAGCAUGCCAUGUGUUACACCCAAAAGUAGCGCAGCAACGACUGUACAAAAUACUAUUGAGAACUCUGGGUAACCCACCGUUGAAUGACAGUUUUACAAUACAGGCAUUGUGGAGAGGUUAAAACAGAAUGACUCUUCAUUGUAUCAUCUGGGACAAAAAAAAACACAGGUAGUGGUGAUAAACAUAGUGAAAUUUUGCAGUUUUGUAUAAACAUGAUGUUGCUACCAAAUUUUUUCCUCUUCUUCUUUGCUGCAAUCUGCCCUGGAUGAUCUUAGAAAACUUCUUCGUCAAAAUGGUUACCCCCAAGGGAUAAUCAACUUCCACGUCAAUCAUGUGCUAGAAAGAAACAGCAAUAAGUUAGACCGCCCUGUACCUGUGGUUCCUAAAAAGGGUGUUAUUAUCCUGUUAACUUAAUGUAUUUACCUGUUCUAUUCCUGUGUUACCAUGGUAAUUUAAAGGUAAUUUUUCAAAACACUUGCCAUAUUAAAUCUUUCAUUCCAUCCACUGCCUAAAUCUCCCUCAAAGAUCCAAAGUCAUUUACAAAGCUAGUUAGUGGGAUUGCAACAAUUUUUACAUUUGAAAAACUAAGCAACGACUCUAUGAUAGGGAGACUGAACACUUCAAGGCCCUCACUAAAAAUGAUUACUUGUUAGCUAUUGCUGACCAUGUCAAAGCCACCAGACAUGAUACAUGUAUCAAGUAGGGUCAUUUGGAUAUUUUAGUGUCAGGGAAAUUCAAUUAUCAAUGCCAAGAUAAAAGAAACAUUGUAUAUACAAGGUCUUAGGCCAGCUUUAAAUGUCAACAUCAGCAGUGAAAAGCUGAUACUUUAUUAGCUGUAGCCUUAUAUAAUUUUACUGUUAAGAAUUUUGAAUAUUGUUUAUCUAUAUUUAGUCUUGUCAUACUUUUAACAGUCACUAAAGAUCACUAAUUUGAAAAUAUAUGUUGACUAGCAAUUAUACAAACGUCAAGUUCAUAUAAAAAUGCAAACGUUCACUAUAUGUUUAUCACCACUGUUUUUGUUUUAUUUUUGAGUAAGCUACGAUGGUCCAAGAACAAAAGUCUUUCUAGGACAAAAAAGUUGAUUUGUGGAGGGGUAGUAGAUAGUAAUGGUUGGGUUGUAACCUGUUACCAUGAAAAUAGUUAGUACACUAUGUAUGGGUUUAGCUUUGAAAAUGAUUUAAACUUGACUUAUUGUUUGUGUAAUUUCUUCUUUCAGUGUCCUUUCUUUGAAUUCGAGAAUUUUAAAGUCAUAUACAAAAGAUAUGCUUCACUGUUCUUUAUUGUUGGAGUUGAUUCAGAAGAGGCAAGUGUCUUAAGUCAAAUUAUUAUGUUAUUGCAGUGCAAGGUGAUUUUUGGCGGCCUGCAACAAGUUGGGUGUCCUGUACUUUUUCCUUGAUGUGUUGGGUCAGGGGGAGUUACUUUCCUGUGAAAAUAAUGGAGGUCCCUUUGGAAAAUUUUGAAAACACCCCUAAAAGGGCUGACUCUUAUGCAUUUUGAACCAGAAUAUCAUUUUGUGGAUUCAGCACAAAUAUAUUUUCACUCUUUAGGAAGUGCAAGUUCCCUCCCAAAACAGCAAAUUACCAGCCACUGACAACAUUUGAUAGCAAUAAUGACAAUUCAGUCAUUUGAGUAACAUUUAUGCUUCUCAUCAUUAUUUUUUUACUUGAUGCCUUAAAUUCUCUAAAAAGUACCGUGAUUCUCUAAUGGGAGUGAUUUUAGGUUAAGGUUUGAACACUGAAAGUGGUACCAAUAUUAACAAAUUUUGCCUUAAAUUAUGACAAGUAAACCUGUCAUUUUUACAAGGGAGUCCCCUGAGUUGUUGGGGCUUUGUGAAAAGGAAAUUCUAUCCCAUGGGAAUUUGUUCAGUUUUUGGGAUGCCCUGGCAGUGUUCCAGAUAAGAGAUGAGUGUCGGGUCGAUGACCCGACAAAGAAGGCUUCCUGACCCGACAGAUGAAGUAUAAGUAUUAAGUUAAAUAUAACGAAAAAAAUUAGCAGGUGGUCUUGGUGACCCCUCAGACCCCCCGCUUGAAAGAAUUAACUGGAACGCUGCCUGGGUGUCAUGGCUUAAAGAGCCUUGUCCCCCAGGAAUCAGUCCAAUCAUUUUUUCCCAAUUAGUUAUGGCUGAAAAAAAAAUUACUCUAACCCCACGAAUUUGUUCAGUUUUUGUGGUGCCCUGGGUGUCAUGGCUCACAGAACCUCAUCCCCUAGGAAUCAGUACUGUCAUUUUUUUUCCAGUCAUUUUUUUAAUAAUGGGUGAAGUAAUUAUCCCUUUGGUUGAUACAUUAUUUGGAUUAAUUAACCAGCUACAUUAAUUUCACUUGUGAAUCCUUUUUUUUGAGUGGAUUCUUUUUCAAUCUAUGUUUUUUGUAUACUGUUACUUCUUCUCUUAGAAUGUGAAGGGGUUUAGGUUUCCCAGCCCCGUCCCUUAAUCUACUACGGUAAAAAAUAUCCCAUGGUUAAUGCGGUAAAAUUGUAGAGGUACAGAUAUUAUAUUAUUACUUUUACUUCAUCUUUUUCUUACAGAAUGAAUUGGCAAUACUAGAAUUCAUUCACAAUUUGGUAGAAACUUUGGACCGUUACUUUUCUAGUGUGGUGAGCGUGAUUGCUUUUUAUCUUUUGUUAUUCAGCCCUUUCACUAUUUUACCAUAAUGGCUGUCAUUAAGAGCCUGGGGCCAGGGAUUUCCCCCGGCAACUAUGAGUGUGGCCACCGGCUAGUUUUAUUGGAAAAUAGAAGAAAAUUUGAACCAAAAGAAAUCCCUACUUGUUGUCUUUACUCGGCAACUCGAAAUCUUAGCAACAACCCUGACCAUGUAUUAAGGAUACGAGAACAUGUUAAAAAAGAAGCCUGAAAAACUGAGUAAUGUGUUAACUGGGUGAAAUAUAACAAACAAAGUGCACUUUGUGUCCUCACUUUAAUUUACAGAUGUUGUAAACCAACAUUUUGGCCUGAUAUUCCUUAAAAGUGAUGUGAAUAACAGAAAAAUUGCACCGGUAAUGUUCUUUCUUGAAUUGAAUGUCACAAGCGAGAAAUCAGCCUUAAAUUUAAGAUAGGUGCUUUAUGCUUAACGUUUUUUCACUGGUAACAGCAUUUAAAGGCCCAAACUGUCUGGAUGGAUGAACCUCCCAUUUCUUGUUGUAAAGCUUCCAACUUGGCUCUACUGCUGGGAGAGGUUACAAUACCCCGCCUCCUCCCCCCCAUAAUACUUUUUAAAGGUAGAGUUACAGUACUAGUUAAAAUAAUUGUUCAAAGGCGAAGCAUUAAAUCAGUUACUAAUUAGAUUUUUUCCGUAUUUUUUUUUCAGUGUGAGCUGGAUGUAUCCUUUACUCAAACUUGAUCUUCUUUUUCAUUUGAAAAACCACUAGCCCUCCUUUAAUGCAACCUCGUUCCCAGUGUUCGCCCAUACUUGGUCUCUUCAGAGCGAGUUUUGAGCAGCAGAGAAUCCUGGUAAUGAGGUUUGCCUUCAAUGAUGGGUUCCUGGAGAAAUAAGGCGCUGGCUGUCACUCAAUAAUCCCAUUUCGACUUAACGCGGGUCAUGACUUUUAUGUGCUCCAGUUUUUUCAAGAAAUCCCUGAAGAAGUAUAACUACUGAUGCAGCUUCCUUGACUUGCCGGUUCUGAAGAUAAUGUUUAAUCUCGACAAAGUUCAUAUGAUAUUGGAUGAAAUGAUCAUGAAUGGACAAAUCGUUGAAACCAAUAAAAAUCGAAUCCUGGCGCCUGUUGCAAUUUUGGACAAAGCGGCCAAAUGA